AGGAGCUCCUGCCCACAGAGGCAAUCAAGCCCAGAGGGAGGAAGGACAGUGGAGGCAACUGGUCAGGACAGCAGUGCCCCUGAGCAUUUCUGCAGCAGACGCUCUCCUCUCAGGAGGGACAGAGCAGGCAGCAGGCACCAUGGAGCCCCCCUCGGCCCCUCCCCGAGGAAGGCGUGUCCCCUGGCAGAAGCUCCUGCUGGCAGUCUCACUCUUAACCUUCUGGAACCCUCCCACCACCGCCCAAGUCACUAUUGAAUCUGUGCCGCCCAAUGUUGCCGAAGGGAAGGAUGUUCUUCUGCGUGUCCACAAUCUGCCUGGGAAUCUUCUAGGCUUUGGCUGGUUCAGAGGGGAAACUAUAGACCCCAGUAGAGAAAUUGUAUCAUAUGCAGCAGACUCACAAGCAAUAUCCCCAGGAGCUGCGCACAGCGGCAGAGAGACAUUAUAUCACAAUGGAUCCCUGCUGCUCCAGAACACCACCCUGGAGGACGCGGGAUACUACACCCUACAGUACAUACACAGAAAUGUCCAAAUUGAAAAAGUAACUGGACAGCUCCGUGUAUUCCCAGAGUUAUCCAAACCCGGCAUCACAAACCAUCAAGCUGACCCCAUGGAGAAUGUGGAUUCAAGUUUAACAUGUGAACUUGAGACUGAGAACACAAGCUACCUGUGGUCAGUAAACAAUGAGAGCCUCCCGGACAGUGCCAGGCUGGAACUGUCCCUGGACAACAGGACCCUCACUGUACAUGGUGUAACAAGGAAUGACACAGGACCCUAUGAGUGUAAAACUCGGAACCCAUUUUACAUUGUCAGUGACAAUCGUAGUGAUCCGUUUACCCUAUAUGUUCUCGUGAGUAAUUUUUUCCCUACCUACUUGUAUUCUGCCCCCACCAUUUCCCCCUCCGACUCCUAUUACCGUCCACAGGCAAACCUCAGUUUCACUUGCCACUUAGCCUCUAACUCGCCUGCACAGUAUUCUUGGCUUGUCACUUGGAAACCCCAGACAUCCACACAGGAGCUCUUUAUCCCCAACUUCACUGUGAAUCAUAGUGGAUCCUAUACCUGCCUCCUCUAUAACCCUGGCACUCACCUCGGGAAGUCCACAGUCAAGACUAUCACAGUGUCUGAGCAAGUAUCCCAGCCUGCUCUCCACGUCAGCAACUCCACAGUCACAGAACAUAAGGACUCUGUGGUCCUGACCUGCUCCACAAAUGACGUGGGGAUCUCCAUGUGGUGGUUCUUCAAUGGCCAGAGUCUCCAUCUCAUGGAGAGAAUGAAGCUGUCCCAGGACAACAGCACCCUCACCAUAGACCCUGUCAGGAGGGAGGAUGCUGGGACUUAUCUGUGUGAGGUCUCCAACCCAGUCAGUUCCAGCAAAAGUGACCCCAUAGGACUGGCUGUGAGCUAUGAAGUAAGCACCACAGGCCUUACUGUGGGGACCAGUGUUGGCAUUGCAAUUGGGGUCCUGGUUGGGGUGGCACUGGUGGCUGUCCUGGGGUAUCUCUUACUCCGCAUGAGGAUGGGAAGGACCGGUUGCCUAUGUAAUCAAAGAGAGAUCGGGAACCCAGCCUCCACCCCUGGCCAUGGACCAGCCAGCAACUCCACAUCCCCGAACUCCCGACCCAGCACGACUACAGCCGUUCCCAUCUACCAGGAAUUACAACACAGUGACAGGAACAUUUACUGCCAGAUCAACCACAAACCACAAGUGUCUUCUUAGUUUCCCACGGGAGCUACUCCCUCCAGUGGCCCUCCUGAGACCCCAGACCCUAGGUGGGGUCAGGUGUCCCAGCCUGAGCCAGAGAUCCAGCUCUAAGACCAGAGGAUAUUCAGGCCCAGGGUCCGGGCCUUCCUGAUUUCUGGAAGCUCUGACAGGCUACUCUGAACCUCGAUGGGCCAGGACAAAGGCCACCAUGUCCCGAGAAGUGGGGGUUCCCAGGGAAAAUGUCCAGGCCCCUGACCACCUGGGACCACGUGAGAGGAUCUGCAUUAAGAGCACUCUUCCCCCUCCUUUGCUCUGUUUUGGGAAAGGUGAUUUCUCUGAGCAGAAAUUUAAUUGAAACUCCAGGGCCCUUCUCUCCUGGGUCUCCCAGGGAAAUGUUAACUGUAAGUAACCAAGCCCCCACCUUAGUCCCCUGAGAUGGAGGAAGGGGCAAGGGGUGGACACGCUGAGACCAUGUUAACUCUAGCCCUGGGAUUCCCAGCAGAGUCCACUUUUCUCCCUGAUCUCAAAUCUUAUCUUGAAACACACCACCUCCCCAUAAAUAAGAGUGAGGUCAGAGGCAGAGGACCUCCCCCACUUAACUCUCUCCCAGGCUCCCAUGGCGAUGAGACAAAGUGUCGCUUCCACCUGGUCCACGGGCCUGGUUUCCCUGUCCCACCUGCAGCCUCCUCCACACACCUGGGCCAGCAGCUGUCAGUCCCUCCCCGAGGCCCCAGGUAAGGGGCUGUUUCCAUGCAGAUUCCCUCGCAUCAGUGCCCCCAUUCACACAAACAAAAGUGGUCCAAGUGCCCAGGCACCGCCCCCACUUUUCACAAGAGGGUUUGCCAUCACCCGAGUGUUGUUUCUUAGUCAAGAGAUGAGACGUAAGAAAAACGACCUGCAAAGUACCAACCACAUCAUGUUUAGCUCUGAGAUGCUCCUAUCCCAAUGCACACUAUGUUGGAUUAGACAAGGUGAUGCCUCUUCGUAGUUUCUUCUUGCUGUGCUCAUGAAUUAUCGUAAGCUUCGUGGUGGAAGUCAACACACAUCGAGGUGCCCACCCGGCUGUUUCCUCUGGAGGUUCUAGGAGAGAGUCUGUUUCCGUGUUUUUUCAUGUUGUGCUCUUGGAGGC